GACUGUCAAAUUAAAUAUGUCAAACAGCGUCAAAGCCGUCAAUCAAAGCGAAUAAUUUGAUAUUUUUGUGUAUUUUUAUUUUAAUUACGACAACAAAGUGCUAACGCUUUGCAUACAAAUAUAGUUAUCGUCUCUCUGAGGUGCAUCUCGUGGAUAACGAUUAGUGAACCGCGCCAUUCGUAAACGCGCGAACCAAAUAAACAAACAGUAAAAUUCGAGUUUCAAUGAACUCUAACCUAACAAAUACAAUGUCAUGAAUUUGGAUUUUACGCUAACGAAACGUCUAUUAUGCGCUGUUUUGCUUCUCUCAAUAAUUUAUUGGUUCAAAAAUACAUUCUCGUCGGACGAUGAGUAGAAGGGUCUCUUAUUUCUAUAACCCGGACGUGGGCAAUUUUCACUAUGGCCCCGGACAUCCGAUGAAACCGCACAGAUUAUCGAUAACACACAGUCUGAUUAUGAACUAUGGGCUGCAUAAGAAGAUGAAAAUAUACCGUCCGUACAAGGCUUCCGCUCAAGAUAUGCUACGAUUCCACAGCGAAGAAUACGUGGAAUUUCUCCAACAAGUUACGCCGCAAAACAUCCAGGCCGUGGGAUACACAAAGUAUCUAUCGCAUUUCAGUGUCGGCGAUGACUGUCCCGUAUUCGACGGGUUGUUUGAUUUCUGUGCUAUGUAUACGGGCGCAUCGUUAGAGGGUGCACAGAAGCUCAAUCACAAUCACAGCGACAUUUGCAUUAAUUGGUCGGGUGGUUUGCAUCAUGCCAAGAAAUUCGAAGCUUCUGGUUUCUGUUAUGUGAAUGACAUUGUCAUCGGCAUAUUGGAACUGUUGAAAUAUCAUCCGCGCGUAUUGUACAUUGACAUCGAUGUGCAUCAUGGCGAUGGUGUGCAGGAGGCAUUUUAUUUGACCGAUCGUGUGAUGACUGUUUCAUUCCAUAAAUACGGAAAUUGGUUCUUCCCGGGCACGGGUGAUAUGUACGAAACUGGUGCGGAGGCGGGACGAUAUUAUUCGGUGAAUGUGCCGCUGAAGGAGGGAAUCGAUGAUCAGAGCUACUUUCAAGUAUUCAAACCGGUAAUCUCAAACGUAAUGGAAUUCUAUCGCCCAACGGCAAUUGUCUUGCAAUGUGGUGCCGAUUCUUUAGCUGGUGAUCGUCUAGGCUGUUUUUCGCUUAGCGUCAAAGGUCACGGUGAAUGUGUUAAAUUCGUCAAAGAGCUAAAUGUGCCCACCCUAGUUGUUGGCGGCGGAGGCUACACUCCACGAAAUGUGGCUCGCUGCUGGACAUACGAAACGUCCCUUCUGGUCGACGAACAAAUUUCGAACGAACUACCGCUGACCGAUUAUUUGGAAUUCUUUGCUCCCGAUUUUACGCUGCAUCCGGAAAUUCCGACACGCCAAGAAAAUGCGAACAGCAAACAAUAUUUGGAGCUGAUCUGGCGACACGUCCAUGACAAUCUGAAAAUGUGUCAACACGCGCCCAGCGUUCAAAUGUUCAACAUACCGGAAGAUGCACUGCCCGAAGAGAAUCGCUUGAAGGAGGAACCGAAUCCGGAUAUACGCAUCAAUCAAUCGGACGAUGAUCAGAUGGUCGAGGCGAAAAAUGAAUUUUUCGACGGUGAUCAGGACAAUGAUAAAACGGAAAAUGAGACUUGAUGGUGAUGACAGUGUAAAGUCAAAAAUUGAACUUUUGAAAUGAAGAUGAAUUAAAGUAAGUUACAAGUUAUGACAUUAA